AUGGGUUCUUUACCUCCAUUAUUGUUGAUCAUUUUUUUCUCUAUGUGGCUGCUAAUUUCCUGCUCUGAAGCCCGAGAAUUUCUAGUUGGAGGCAGUGAGAAUUCAUGGAAGGUUCCUCUUCCAUCACAAGAUUCACUCAACCAGUGGGCCAAGCGUCAACGAUUCAGGAUCGGCGAUGCUCUCAUUUUUAAAUAUGAUAACAGAACAGAAUCGGUGCACGUGGUGAAUGAGAAUGAUUAUCAGAGGUGCAAUAGUGAGAGAGCGGAACACACAAUAUUCAGGGACGGCAAUACCAAGUUCUGGCUUUCCAAUUCAGGACAUCACCACUUUAUUAGUGCUCAGGGUCAUUGCCAGAUGGGGUUAAAGCUUCUUGUUGUCGUCAUGUCUGAAAUACACGGAGGAGGAACGUCUCAUCCCCCGCCUCCUUCAUCGUCAGCGUCACCCGCACCGCCAUUUUCACCAUCACCAUCACCUUCACCGUCACCGUCACCGUCACCGUCACCAACUAAUCAAGGUGUUGCUCGCGGUUCAAGCGGUGGAUUCAUCGGAAUUGUGAUGUGGUUGGGUGUUUCAUUGGUGAUGAUGUUCUUAAUUUAA